CUAAACUUGGCUCAAGCCGUUUUUGGCUCAGCAUUUGGCAUUUGGGCCACGAUUUGUUUUGCGAUUCGGAGGCAGCCCAGCGGCGACCAGUUGGAGCGAAGCACCCUGCGCAACACUGCAGCAUGGCCACUCCAGGCACCGCAGGGAUGCCGAGUUUUGCGGGCAACGGUCUCCCUCUUGUCAGCGAGCAGCGACCGAGGCCAGCGUUGGCAUGGGCGGAGGCAUCCGGCGUGGCGCCCGCACCGAGGCAGCCCUCGACUCUCGGGCUGACCCGCGGGCGCCCCUUCGGAGUGGGCCGCGGCGGGGCCGUGUCGGGCCCUGGCCCUGGCGGCCUCGGCCCCGAGCAGAUCCGCAGACCCCGUGCGCUCCAGCCUCCUCCGAGUUCGGCACCUGCGACUCUCGAAGACCUUCCCUAUAUGAGGAGGCUGGACAUGUGGAUCCCCGAGCCUCGCAUGGGCAGCCCCACGUCACGCCGGCUCGUGGCUGGUGCCUUCGCGGCGCCCGAGUUGUUGCCGGGAGUGGAGCUGGCCAGCGGCGGGGCAGUUGGCAACCUGUCGAGCGACACCGAGUCCACCUCCGUCCUCUCCGAGGAGUCCUCGAUGCUGUCCAAGGACUGCCUUGGGCUCCACGGGACCAGUGAGAUGGCCGGUGAGGCUGAGCGGCCCACCUGCACCUUGCUUGGGCACAAACCUCUCAGCGGCGAUCGGUGCCGACGAGAUGAGGACCGCAAGGGUGAUCUGCCGAGUCUUGGCCAGAGCAUCUCCCGCAGGCCGUCCGUCUUCGACGUGCGUGAGAGGAUCCCGUGCUCUCCGGGCCCCAGCCGGUUCGGCCGCGAGCCAACCAGGCCCACGCGCCCCGGAGAGGGAGCGCCCGGCCAGGCUUGCCCCGCCACGCCAUGAGGUCGAUGUCGGCGAGGGGGGGAAGGCGCCUUGCCUCCAGCAGCUGGGGCUUUUUUUUGUGCGGCGCAGACGGGGCCAGACGAAGACACGACACGGCGACGAGCGACACGGCGAGUUGCCAAGGGGCGAGUGGCCUUAAACGUGGGUUUGGGAAGCCGUCGGUAUUGCAAAUUUCCUUCCAGACAUGAGACCCAUGGGACUGGAACGCGACCUUCAAGUUCGACCUGGACUUGAAGAGUUCUGCCGCGUUUUUUAGCAUAUCGAUGGUGCGCACUAAGGGAUGCAUCCUGCUUGUCACGCCUUCAGGAGGGGUUUUCUUUGGGCGUCAAACCAUCGCCAGCAGCAGCUUUGUCGUCGUUCGACACGACGGUCGAAUUCGAUCCGGCAUUUGAAGGUGUGAUUUUAUAGCAAAUCUUAUUUAAGGGAUUCCGUCGCGAGGUGCACAGAUGAUCCUUCGUGCAGCUUCCGUAGACGUGCUUUCCCAUGCCCGCCCUGUUUAGGAUUGCCCCAGUCCUGUUUUCUUGCUUGCUAAUCGUUCUCCUCCGCUGCUGCGUUGCGUGAGGCUCGCGGCUCGCGGCUCGCGGAGGAUUUUCCGGCAGGGCUCCGAAACGUCCAGUCGUGACUUCGGGAGCGUCGUGGACAGCGUUGCUUCCAAGAGGUCCUCGUCUGGACUGCGGAUGGAUUUCCUUCUGAGAUGUAUCUUCGAAGAAGCCCUUGUGGACCUUACAGCUUUGAUCGUCAGACGGGAAGCCUGAUGGGGGCUGGGGUAGGGCACGAAUCAAACGUCCUUGGUGACCCCCAACCAGGUCUCCGCCUGCUAGGAUUUCACGUCCAGCAGGCGUGUUGACUCUGGCAGAGAGGGCGUCGGAGGGGCUUUGUUCAUCAGCAGCAGCAGCAGCAGCAUC